CUUAGGCUAAAUAAUGUCGGAAAUAUCGGGCUCAGAUAAAUUAGACAAUGAUCAGUCUCGUGCGCCAAAAGAGAAAAGAGAAAGCAACAUCGACGGUCAAACAAGCAACACUGAAGAGUCUUUAGAAACCGCAGCAUUAGACAAUAAAAGACUCAAAGACUUAGACUCAAACGCUAAUGUUAACACCUCUGAAAACAGCAACCCAGAUUCAACUCCCCUUAAUGAGGAAGGAGAUCAGCUAAAAACAAAGAGAGAUUCUUCAAACUCUGCAUCUCAACGUCCUGUAACAGUUGCUGUGAAUGCCAGUGCACCAGCCUCCUCUGUACCUGCUCCAAAGAUAAUAGCAGGCCCUGCACAGAUCAGAUCCACCACGCCAGUGGUCGUAGGGGCCAGGGUAGUGACAUCCAGCGUUCAGGGACCAGGGGCCACCAGUUUGGCACUGGUUCCUCAGCCUGGAAGGGUGUCUGUGAGCUCUGUGACCAUAAGCCAGCCCAGGGUCGUCACCACACUGACUACUGCCAAAGGGGCGGUCGUGACAUUGCCAAGGAUUUCCACCCCAUCACAAAGUGUACCAAUGACUCGCACCCCUCAGACUGUGCCACUGCAGCUGCCUGCCAACUUCCAGGUCCCACAAGGAAUGGUGUUAAUCCGCAGUGACAGCGGGCAGUUGAUGUUGGUAUCUCAGCAGGCUCUGGCCCAGGCACAGGCUCAGGGAAUGCUGCCAAAACCAGCCAGUGCUAAUGCCUCUGCAACAGUUAGACCCCCAUCCUCACAGGCAACUGUAACCACUACACCAAUCAUCAGAGUUUCUCUCCCACCUGCAAGUCCAUCAGCUACUACCAAUAUUAAACUUAACCCCACUCCAGGGACUGCCGUUCAGAAACCACCCACUGCAACAGGGACUGCUAUUUUCACACCAUCAUGUACCACAGGAACUACCAUCAUUAAACCAGCCAGUGUUAUUGGCACAGUCGUCAGAAAGCCCAGCUCUACCAUGGGGCCUGUUAUCAAAGCCAGUCAAAUGACUCCAAACAGCAGCACAUCAGGGAGCUUUAACCAGAGGACUAAUUCUGUCACUGCAACUACCGUAAUUAAUACCACUGCUGUAAAGUCUGUGGGUAAAGGUGCUCUCUCAACCCAGGGUAAUGCCCCACGCAUGGUGUCUCCUAAUGUACCAACCAGAUCCUGCACAAACACAUCGUCAACACCAGUUACUGUUACAGCUGAGACCUUGGAGAAUGUGAAGAAGUGUAAGAACUUCUUGGUCACUCUUAUGAAGCUAGCAUCAAGCGGCACUCGCUCGGCCGACAUGGCCCAAAACGUCCGAGCUCUUGUCAAAGGCCUGCUGGAUGGGAAACUAGAGGCAGAAGAGUUCACUGAAAAACUCUACAUGGAGCUCAAAUCGUCCCCUCAGCCAUAUCUAGUGCCUUUUCUGAAGCGGAGCCUGCCAGCUGUCCGUCAGCUCACCCCAAACUCGCAGCUCUUUAUUCAGCAGUGCGCCCAACUCAAGCCCUCUGAUUCAGCAUCAACCAAGGCCACAAACCAGAAGCCCACUGCGUCCAUCAGCUCCUCCCUCAAACCCAACCAGCCAACCAGAACUGCUCAUCUGGUGAUCCAGCAGCCUAAAGGACUAAUCGUCAAACAUUCUUUGACAUCAGCUCAGGUGGGCUUACCUGCACUGAAGCAAACUCAACCCAAACAGAUGGUCCUUCAAACCAAAACGUGCACAACAGGUGCUGUUGUGCGGCAGUCCAUCCUUCAGGCGUCUAAAACACACUUUUCCCAGUCGCCCCUUCCAGCACAGGCACACGGCUUCAAGGACAGCACCUCGGGCUCUUUCCGAGAUGACGAUGACAUAAAUGAUGUGGCCUCCAUGGCCGGAGUGAACCUGAGUGAGGAGAGCGCUCGUAUUUUGGCCUCUGGCUCUGAGCUCGUGGGAUCAGUGAUCCGCUCCUGCCAAGAGGAGCCCUUUUUAUUCCCAUCAGCCCUCCAGACAAGAGUGCUGCACAUUGGUGGUUCUUUGAGUAUCAAAGAGGUCUGUCCUGAUGUACUUGAAUUGCUCUCUCUGGCAACACAAGAGAGACUUCGAGACCUGGUGGGGAAGCUAACCGUUGUGGCACAACAUCGACAGAUCUCUUAUAAGGAUGAUUGGCGUUACAGUCAGACCAAUGACGCGCGCUCUCAGCUGAAGUUCCUGGAGCAACUGGAAAGACUGGAGAAACAGAGGAGGGAGGAAGAGGAGCGAGAAGCACUGCUCCGCAUUGCCAGAAGUCGCUCAAACAGCGAAGACCCAGAGCAACAGCGUCUGAAACAGCGAGCCAAAGAGAUGCAGCAGUUGGAGUUGGCACAGAUGGAGCACAGAGAUGCAAAUUUGGCAGCGCUGGCAGCCCUAGGGCCCCGUAAGAGGAAACCUCUGGAGGCUCCCGGCUCAGGGGCCAACCAGUUGUUAGGUUCGUACGGGCAGUUUGCUACUCGAGCACCAAUUCGAGUCACUAUGAGAGACCUGACCUUCUGCAUGGAGCAAGACCCCACAUUCAGACACACUCUAAUGCUGUAUAAAGCCUUUCUAGGCUAGAUAACCACACACAACCUUUGAGGUAUGUUCUGUGUUUGAGCAAGUUCUUGAGAUUAUAUAAUACUUUCUCUCUUUUUUUUCAAAUUGAAAUGUUGUUAUAAUUCUGUGUUCCUAUCCUUGUUUUGAAUAUUGAAUAAACUGUACAGACAUAUUGGCUGGUAAGG